UGCGAGGACUGGAAUUGAGAACCAUUGGAGUAGAUUGUAAUGGGUUCACUGUAAUAAGAAUUAAACUUUUAGGCAAGAAGAACUCCAUCCUGAUGCACAAAGUACAACACGAUCUUAACUCUGGCGUCUUCAACAACCGUGAGAACGAAAUGAUCCAGGAGAUUGUGAAAUACGAUCGGGAAAUGGUUAAACUGGUUAAACAAGGGGACAUGCAAAGGCCCAGGGCCAUGUCCAUGACUCUUUCAACUCACGGGAACAUAUUUGCACCUUCUAGUCAACCCUCUACAACUUCUGCCAUUGCUAGCCUUCAGCAGGCUGUUGCCAUGAGCUUCUGUCCCCAGAUGGGCAACCCUCUAGUGGGUUCUGGGGCGGUCCAGUCUCCCCGCAUGGUUCGGCGCUUCCAGGUGGUCCAGAGCCAGACACCCCCAGGCUCCCAGUACUCCACCUUAGCCCUCGCCUCUGCCCUUGCAAGCACACCUGUCCACAGCCCUCUGGCAACUGCUGGUCGAAUGUUCCAGUAUGGUUCUAACCCCCCAGGUGCACCCUCAGGCUCCCAGUUAUCCCUUGUACAGCAACACGUCCCCAGUCCCACACAUCGACCUCCAGUCCCCAGGAGCACUCUAAGCCAGGACGCCCGAGUCCUAUCCACCUCCCAGCCGUCCCUACCCCAUGACAUGGUGCAGCCAGUUGCCCCAAGCCCUCCUCAGUCCACCAGAGUCUCCUCCACUUCCAUCGGUCCCCCUCAGAACCUCCCAGGCCCUGCUGGUCUUAGAGGAAGUAUCCCACCAAGAAUGGCACUACCCCAUCAAAUGUCUGUAGGUGCAUUUCCUCCUGCCUCCCUCCCUCAGAUGAGACCCAGCUUGGAUUCAGGACUGCCCAAGAAGGAUUCAAUAAUCAGUCUCCCAGAAACUGAACCACAUCACAUCAGAUCUAGAUUAUCGUCGAAUUUGUGACCACAAUAGAGUUGGUGGGCUCUGUCUGGGUCAGGAAUGUGUGGACUCUCCUUCACCAAGUACUAUUCCUGACCCCCUUUCACACCUUUGAAAUUUACUCUCAGAAUGUAUGUGGUGUGACUGGCCACAAGGGCAAACAAACCAUCGAGACUUUAUAGUAUAAAAUGAACAUGUCUGUAUCAUUCUUACCACGAUUGGAACUUUUCCAUUUUACCUAUGAUAUAAACAUCAAUGUAGCUUCCACCCUCACAAUUUGCCUCUUUGAAAUGGUUUUCUUGAUUGUAGCUGUUCACAAAGAUUACAAAUGUACCACUUCCUUUUAUAUACUGUAGUUCAAACGAUACGUGUCUGAAUACCGGUACUUAGCAGUUUGCUUCUGAUCACAAUGUAGGAGCUUACUCCCUCUUCUCAACAUGAACCGGCUAGACAAUAGAUAUUUACCCUAUAAUGCACAAUAUUAGAAUUGUUAUAGAAAAAAUGUAUUCAACAGCUCGAGAGUCCCAAAUCGGUUUCGAAACGGGAUGUAUUCUUACUGGAACUGCUGUCCAUGUGUUUGUCUUAUUCCUUCAGACCAAAGUUGGGCCAAAGGAAAAUGUUAACAUGAGAUGACAUGUAAAGGUGUGUCAAAUGAAAUGAAAGGAUAAAAACAAAUAUAAUUUCAUUGCCUUGAUUUUGACAAAAUACUGUGUGACCAUACGUGUGUGUUUUUCUUAGCUGUCCCACAACAGAGCACAUUUCACUUCAUUUAGCGUUGGGACAAUUAAAUGAAUCAACCGUUUCCUUAUUAAGGUUCAUGGAAGUGAAUACCACAAAUUUAAUCACUAAUUAUGCUGCUGAAGUAUGAAGUUUAAUGACAGGGAGACUCAUUUGCCCUUAUCUGGUGCAUUUAAGUCUUAAUUACAAAGGACUUAAGUAGCUUUGUUCUCAAAGGUCAGGUUUCAUAAUUAAUGAACUGUUUAUUUCAAAGAUUGUGGCUUUGUCCUGUUUGUGAAAGUCGCCCUCCACAAAUAAAGCUCAUGAAUAUGACUUAAUGCUCAAAGCCUAAGCAGUUGAGGGGGACUGCACAUUUUAGAAAGCUAGUGAGGUUAAGCGAGUGAGUACAUUGACGGUGAUUACUCCCCUCCUCUGAAAUGUGACGCGAUCCAUCAGGCGACGACGAGUUGCUCCACUAUCAGUUGUUUUGGAGCACUAGAUAACUCGCUCGCCAUGGCUACCUAGUGAGGUCUGAUGUCCUCUCAGUCUUUGAAUCCUUGAAAACCUAUUUAUAUUCUGCUGUUACUUACCAUUUCACAGCUUGAAAGAGACUAUAGGUUGCUCCUAUUUGUUCUUGGCAUCCUGGAGACAAAGCCAAGCGUGAAUUGAUCGUUUAUGACUUCUAAAAAAGAACAAAAUGGGCAGAUGGUUGAAAAUAGCAUCAGACUGUUCGUAUGCAGGGUGUAGUUUAUUUUUGAUUACUUUGAAUAGAAUCAUAAUGUCUUUCCCUUGUAAAAACAAAGUUUUAAAUGAUUCCCUGUGGCCCUUGCUGUGCACAAACCAGUGCCACCCCAUAAGCUGAUUAAAAACAACAACAACAACCUUAUAGCUGCUUUUAAUGAUAUCCUCAGUUUUA